UUCCACCCCGGGGUGAACAUUCGAGACAAAUAAAUAAAACUCGAGUGAAAAAGCCGUAUAAGUUUUUCUUCUACAACCAAUUCGCUGACAUUCCUAUUUUUAAUAAAUAAUAAUAAUAAUAAUCGAUAAAUAUUAUUGGCAUUUAUCAGAAAUUUAAAAGCAGUAGUGAUAAUUUUAAUAAAGUGUCUUGUUGUCAUAAAUUUUAUUAUAUAACCUAACUCGUGAAUAUUUAAUAUUGCACAUAAAAAUGUCACGAUUAUUGAUAAAUCUCUGUCCCAAAUUAAAAACUUUGAUUUCAUCAUCUGUUGGAUCGUUGGCUGAAAUAAAAUCAGUCAAUUUAAUUAAUAGCCAACGUAAUUUUUCAAUGACAUCGAGGCUGCUAUCAGGUUACGCGCAGGUACAAAAACGUGCGCCGGAUUUUUCCGGUACUGCUGUCGUCGAUGGUGAAUUUAAAGAAAUAAAAUUAUCCGAUUAUCGUGGAAAAUAUCUCGUUUUAUUUUUUUAUCCACUUGAUUUCACAUUCGUUUGCCCAACUGAGCUGAUAGCAUUCAAUGAAAAACUAUCAGAAUUCAAGUCCCUAAAUGCCGAAGUAAUUGGGGUAUCAACAGACUCUCAGUUCAGUCACUUGGCCUGGAUAAACACUCCCCGUAAGCAAGGCGGUCUCGGGAGCUUGGAUUACCCACUGCUGAGCGACUUCCACAAACAAAUAUCCCGGAACUACGGCGUGCUGAUAGAAGAACAGGGUAUCGCACUACGUGGUCUCUUUGUCAUCGACAAGGAGGGAUACGUGCGGCAGAUGAGUAUCAAUGAUCUGCCGGUUGGCCGCAGCGUCGAGGAAACACUCCGUCUUAUCAAGGCCUUCCAGUUUGUUGAGAAACACGGGGAAGUUUGUCCCGCUAAUUGGCAACCAGACUCCAAGACAAUUAAACCCAACCCCAAGGACAGCAAGGAGUACUUUGAAUCAGUCAAUUAAUUUUUGUUUAUUCAUUAAGUUUUUAUGUUAAAAAAUGUUUGGUAAAUUAUAGGAAAUAUAAAUCAUCUAAAAAAUUA